ACCACUAGAAUAAACAUUGCUUGGCCCUUACCGUUUCUUCUCUCUCUCAACUUAGUUCGGAUCUUGAACUACUGUUGUUGCUUUCUUCUCCUCCUUAUUCUUCUACUUCCUCAUCUUCUUGAUCGCUUCUUCGAAUUAGGGUUUCGAUCUGUACGAGAUUCUACGAAAAUGUUUGGAAGACAACCGAAGAAAAGUGACAGUACUAGGUACUAUGAAAUCCUUGGUGUUUCAAAGAACGCUUCUCAGGAUGAUUUGAAGAAAGCUUACAAGAAAGCUGCUAUCAAGAAUCAUCCUGAUAAGGGUGGUGAUCCUGAGAAGUUCAAAGAGCUAGCACAAGCUUAUGAGGUUUUGAGUGAUCCUGAGAAGCGUGAGAUAUAUGAUACAUAUGGCGAGGAUGCUCUUAAGGAAGGAAUGGGUGGUGGAGGUGGUGGACAUGAUCCAUUUGACAUUUUCUCGUCUUUCUUUGGUGGGAAUCAUUUUGGAGGAGGUGGUGGUAGCCGAGGACGAAGGCAGAGACGGGGUGAAGACGUGGUUCAUCCUCUUAAGGUCUCUUUGGAGGACCUUUACCUUGGGACAUCUAAGAAGCUUUCUCUAUCGAGAAAUGUCUUGUGCUCAAAGUGCAGUGGCAAAGGUUCUAAGUCUGGGGCUUCCAUGAAGUGUGCUGGCUGUCAAGGAACUGGUGUGAAGGUUUCUAUUAGGCACCUUGGUCCGUCAAUGAUUCAGCAAAUGCAGCAUCCUUGCAAUGAAUGUAAGGGUACUGGUGAAACUAUCAAUGAUAAAGAUCGCUGCCCACAGUGCAAGGGAGAGAAGGUUGUACAAGAGAAGAAAGUACUUGAGGUCCAUGUGGAGAAGGGAAUGCAGAAUUCACAGAAGAUUACAUUCCCUGGUGAAGCUGAUGAAGCACCAGACACAGUUACUGGAGAUAUUGUAUUUGUGCUUCAGCAGAAAGAACAUCCCAAGUUCAAAAGAAAGAGUGAAGACCUUUUUGUCGAGCACACUCUGUCCCUUACUGAGGCUUUAUGUGGUUUCCAGUUUGCGCUGACUCACUUGGAUGGCCGCCAACUCCUUAUCAAAUCAAACCCUGGGGAAGUUGUCAAGCCUGAUUCAUUUAAGGCUAUUAACGAUGAGGGAAUGCCCAUGUACCAGAGGCCAUUCAUGAAGGGCAAGCUUUACAUCCACUUUACAGUGGAGUUCCCUGAGACUCUUAGUCUUGACCAGGUGAAGGGUUUGGAAGCUGUUUUGCCAGCUAAACCUUCAUCGCAGUUGACAGAUAUGGAGCUGGACGAGUGUGAGGAAACUACACUUCAUGAUGUCAAUAUGGAAGAGGAGACGAGGAGGAAGCAGCAUCAGCAACAGCAAGAGGCAUAUGAUGAGGACGAUGAUAUGCCUGGUGGGGCACAGAGGGUACAGUGUGCCCAGCAGUAAUGACUUCUGUAGCAGAAGACAGAAGUAGUAUCAGAAAUGAUGAUGAUUAUGAUAAUGAUACUGUUUUUUAACCGUAGUGUGGACCAAAAACGUAAGUAGUGUUUGAUCUAUGUUUUUGAGAGUGUGAACACUUUACUGCUUUCAAUUUAUUGUCGAUGGGAUAACUUCCAUUUUGACAUCCUAAAUGCAUGAUAUAAUUUGGUAUUUUUAAAUCACAUGGCCAUGUUUGGAUUAAGGUUA